GUUUUUGGGCCAAGCAUUUACAAAUGCUUACUGCUAAAUUUUAAUUUAUUUUAAAGUUCUUCGGUCUCUCAGCCUUGACUAUGUAUUGCGCUCCUUGCUGCAAGCUGGCUAUUAGCAAACCACUGCGUCUGCUGAACUGCGAACUGAUUACACAGCCAGCGCAUCGUUGUCGGCUGAUUAAUCCGCAUUGGCAGUCUGCGGAACGCAGUUGGAUUUUGCAUAAUGUGGUCGUACUGCGCCAAUUGGCGGAGGAGGUGGACAAGCCUUUGGAAUCGGUGGGCAUAUAUAUGAGUAAGCUGACACUCAAAAAGUUCGGAGAAAUAAUGAAUCCUAAGUGCUCCGGCUGGUGUUUGUGUCGGGUGCCAUUCGUGCGUCCUGAGACUUGCAUGUUCUAUGAUGGGAUAUUCAAUGUGUUUGGCAAUCUGCGCAAUCCUUUGCAUCCCUUGAUAUUCGAAAUAUUAAGUAUUAUACUGUCUCACUUCCUGAACUAUCCCUGUGCCAUACAAAAUUGGCGGCCACAUACCAUAGAUGAUGUUAUCUUUCGUCGCUAUGAGGAGCACUGUCUUUUUGGCGAUGGCCUAAAGGGACUUGGGGAUAAGAUUGCAAAGUUCAUGGAUGAUAUGCGCAAAAAACUGGCAUCGGAUGAGGAUAAGGAAGACGCUGACGGUGACGACGAUGCCGACAAAUUGGACCACGAUAUCAAGAAACGCAAAAUGGGCGAAGAAGAAGAAGAAGAAGAAGAAAAAAGACCUACAUCGGUGAUAAAACGAAAAACCACCAUAGUGGAAGCGAAGCGUGAAUCCAGCAUCGCCACACUUUACGAACAAGUGGUGCAAAACAAGCACCAUCGCAAGGUAGUUCAUGUCAAGAAAAAGUCACCACCGCCAGCUCCACCAACACCACCACCCGAGGUGGUGAAGCAAGCCAAAGGUCCCAAGCGUGAUCCCCGCAUCAUGGGCAAUAUAAUACCCGUACUGGUUCAUGAGCCAUUUAGCAACCAGAAGCCGUGGACCUGGGUACGACGUCAUCCAGUGCAGACACGUGUCAUGGAAGGCCAGCGGCUAGGACGCGGCAAGGUUAGGCGCUACCUCCGAGAGACUGUGCAAAUGGAGCACGAUGCCGCUAAGAAGAAGUACUCGAUACGCAGUGUCUACUCCACAAGCGGUCACAAAUCGGUGGUAUCGGUCAACAUGUUCGGUAAGAAAACCACCAAAUCAAAGAGGGACAAGGAAGCCCCUCUUCUUAAGGCAUAUGACUACAAGAGUCUCAAGCAGCCAGCUGUAGCCGAUGAUGGAAAAAAAAAGGGCCAAGCGAAAGCUAAGCCCACUGCCAAAUAGAACUGUGACUAUUGUUCUAUUUGACAGCUCUUAGCAAAAGAAUAUCAUUGUACUUCUUCUCGGGCGAGGACUUGCUGGCGAGGGUUUUGUGUAUUUUAAUACCUUUGCCUAGCUUGAAUUCCAAUUCGAAUGUGACAACCGUGCAAGUCCCUAUCCGACUAAUUGGUCUGGUAUCGAAGUCAUGAGAAGCACAAACCUAAUACUUACAAGAACUUUUACGGCUUUUAAUAAAUUGUGUCGUCUUUAAAAAGAUG